GCCACAUUCAAAAUGGCGACGAGGAAGACGUGCGACUAUGCGCGAACAUUGGCGUUAGUACACUGCUUGUCUGUAGCUCCGUCGCCAAUUUAUGGCGUAUUAUUUUUCUUUCGGAAGUUUAUGAGGAAAAGUUCAGCACAAAGCUAAAGAUGUCUUCAGCCGGCUCCGACAUGCCAACUGUCCUCCUCAACACUGGUGCCAGGAUGCCCCUUUUGGGUUUGGGGAUGUAUAAGCUGUGCGGCGGCGAGGCUGUACUCAAAGCCGUGGACGCGUCCCUGGCCGCAGGCUACCGAGCCUUUGACAGCGCCGCCGCGUACGGGAACGAAGCCGAUCUGGGUCGCGCCCUCAAGGAGCUCCUACCAAAGUAUAGCUUGACCAGAAAGGAUGUCUUCAUCACCAGUAAACUCAGCCCUCAGGACCAAGGGGAGAAGGCCAAGGAAGGAGCCCUGUGCAGUCUGUCCAACCUGGACAUGGAUUACAUCGACCUCUACCUUAUCCACUGGCCCGGAACGCGAGGCCUGGAUGUGGGCGACCAACGCAACCCAGGCAAUAGAGCUCAGAGUUGGGCGGCGCUGGAGGAACUGCACCUUGAAGGGAAGCUCAAAGCCAUCGGGGUGUCCAACUACACUCCAGCGCACAUGAAGGAGUUGGCUGCCAGCUGUAAGGUGCAGCCUGCGGUGUUGCAGGUAGAGUUUCACCCUCUGGAAUGCCAGUCGGAGCUGAGACGCGUGUGCCGGGAGUUGGGCGUGUGCUUCCAAGCCUACACUUCCCUAGGAAGGGGGGAGCUCCUUGCCGAGCCAUCGGUGGUCCGUGUGGCAGAGACCCACCAACGCACGCCCGCUCAGGUGCUACUGCGCUGGGCUGUGCAGCAGGACGUCUCGGUGCUUCCCAAGUCCUCCGACCCGGAGCGGAUCCGGAACAACGGAAGAAUUUUUGACUUUGCGUUGACCGACGCUGACAUGGACAGUCUAACGGCUUUAGAUCGGGGACACAAGUACUGCUGGGACCCCUCCCAAGUGGUUUGACAGGUCCCAUCCCCCUAAAAAAUGCAUUCCAUUAAAAAAAUGACGCCAACAAUCAUCUUUCCAAUGAGUUCUAAAUCUUAAACAUGAUUUAUUCAGAACAGCAUAUAGAAUAAGUUUCACAGCUGUAGAGAAAAUGCAUGUACAAAUCUCCGUAAAAAUAAAACAAGUCAAAUAUUCUCCAGAAAGAUUCAAGUAAUGGCGAGUCGCAAAGUUUCUCUCGGUCUUGAGUAUCAUCACGUGUAGUUUUAAGGCGCUCCUACCCAACGUUGAAGGCAUUUGAUCAAAUUCGCUUGACGCCAUGUUGUCUUCUUUCGAUACAAAACCACAACUCGUAACUCCAUUUCAGUCCAUUCCGCAACUGUGACGAUAAUAGUGAAACGCGCAAAACAAAUGCGGACCAUUUAGAUUGUCUGGAUAUCCAUUUGGAGACUACAAUAAAAUCUUUCAAAGACAGAACAAACGGCAACGUAUUUUAACCAUCACAUUUGUCAAGGCUAAUUAUUCAUAGCAACCAUCUAUUGAUCCAGUGUUCAGUGCACGAGACAUGCCAGCACUUGAGGGUCAAAAUAGGAAAUCUCUGGUGGUUGGGACAUCAUCCAAGGCAGACCACGUUUCUAUACGGCCAAUAAACCUUUCAAAAGCCAGGAACAUGCUUAUGAAAGGCCAUAAAAUUUCAAAGUUCAAGUCUAAAAACCUGAUGAAUACCUCUGGGUUAAUUCUUAUCUAAUAUCUGGCCACGUAAGACCGCUAUCAAGCAGCUUAUACGCACGCAAGAAACUUAUUCAACAUGAAGUAGUUUGUUGGCGACUUAGCGAUAAGCUGCGAGUUAGCGGAAUUGACGCUAUUUGUGUUUUCUGGACUAUAAAUCGCCUUUUUUUUUUUUUUUUUUACGUAGAUCAACUGGGCUAGGCAUCAGUCAGGAGUUAGCCAGGGCUGGUGCUUUAUAUGAGUUAGUCUGUCAUGUGGGACAUGUUAGUGUUGGACUUCAUAAUUGUAGUGACAGGUCACAUCCAUCAGCAUCUGCGCAACGCCUUCAAGUAGGGGGCUGGCCUACAGUCCGCUUCAGUUAUUCGCUGUCUGUUACAGUUAGUCAACACAUGCAGCAAUCCAACGGCGGAUUGACUAACACACUACCAUCGUACUUAGAUAUAGUAUAUAGAAGUAAAAUAAAUGCUAACUGCCCGUUUAUUUGUUCAACCGAGAAUCAAGACUGUUUUACGUCCAUAUCUAUAAAGAAUUCAGGGAUUUAAACAUUUAUUCUGAAGAAUUUUCACCGGAAAAGCUCUGUUUACACAUGGCGGCCGCCACAUUGACUAACAGACUAGCAUCGUACUUCAACAUAUGUACGUAAAAUAAAUGCCAACUGCACG